UCAGCGUACAGAGCAGCAGACAGUGAACCAAGCUUGUCUUUAAAAUCAACCUAUUUACACUCACACUAACUCAGUAGUUAUUUAUGUUACGGUGAUAUUUAUUUUGGAUAUUUUCUUGAAGAAGAACAGCGAGGAAACCCUCUUUGAAGACGCCUCCACUCUGCUCGCUUUAAGCUUUUUACCAGAGUCAUUUUCACCAGUCUGAGGAAUCAUGAGCUUCCUUUUGAUGCACAAACCUCUUAUCCAUUGUUUUGUAUCUGGAAAUCGUUCCUCCAAGACAUUCAAGCCCAAGAAGAAUAUCCCGGAGGGUUCUCACCAGUACGAGCUGUUGAAACAUGCAGAGGCCACACUGGGAAGUGGAAACCUGCGCAUGGCAGUCAUGCUGCCCGAGGGCGAAGACUUAAAUGAAUGGGUCGCAGUCAACACUGUGGAUUUCUUCAACCAGAUCAACAUGCUGUACGGCACCAUCACAGACUUUUGCACAGAGGAAAGCUGUCCGGUCAUGUCCGCUGGUCCUAAGUACGAGUACCAUUGGGCCGAUGGAACCAACAUCAAGAAGCCCAUCAAGUGCUCCGCUCCCAAGUAUAUCGAUUACCUCAUGACCUGGGUGCAAGACCAGCUCGACGAUGAGACACUAUUCCCUUCAAAGAUCGGCGUCCCCUUUAAGCGAAACUUUAUGUCCGUGGCAAAGACCAUCCUGAAGCGCCUGUUCAGGGUCUACGCCCACAUCUACCACCAGCACUUUGACUCCGUCAUGCAGCUCCAAGAGGAGGCCCACCUCAACACGUCAUUCAAACACUUCAUCUUUUUUGUUCAGGAGUUCAACCUCAUCGACAGGAAAGAGCUGGUCCCACUACAGGAGCUGAUUGAAAAACUGACAACCAAGGAUAGAUAAACAGCAAUGUAAUUCUUAUUUUAUUGGUCUUCUAGUUUUUGCACAGAUACCCACCCCACCCUGGCUAUAUGUAUGCAGUAUAUACUAUAUUUCCAUUUGGGGAAAUGUUUUUAAUAAGGCCAGGAAGAAGGCAGGGUCUUGAUAGGUUUAAGGCACCAGGACUAAUGCUAUCAGGGAUUACACACUUGAUUGAACAAACCACAGAUUAACAUAUUAGAGUAAAUGGUUUUAUCUGAAUGGAAAGAAAUCCCCCAGUAUUCAGUCAUGGCUUACAUUUAGGUUAGCAUACAUAUAUGUUGAUUAGUUUUAUAUUAAACUGCACAGAUGUUUUUUUUUGUUCUCACUUGGAUUUAUGGCAACAAGAGGCAUUUUUAUGCUCUCAGAUUUCCAGCUUGCCUGCAGGGAAGAAUAGCGUGUACGCAAAGUUGCUGUAUCAUAAUAGGAAAGUGUUCUUUUUUUUUUUGUUUUUUGGUGUUACGAUAAGAAUUUAAGCCAGCCUUUUAAAAGCCGAUUCAAGAGCUAGUUAUAUUAUCCGCUAAUCUGCACAGAAUGAGCUGGGUCCGCAGUUUAUCGCUAUCUAUCAGCGAUCGCCCACAUCUGUUAAUACAAGAGAAUCCUAAGUGCCUAGCAUGGCUCAUAAUUGCCCUAUACCAACAGUGAGAACUGUAACAAGAUAAAAGGCCAUACACUACUGAGAUGAUUGACACAACUUUUAAAAUUUUACACCCCCCCUCCACCUCCCCCACCCAUUUAAGUUUCUCCUCUUAUACCGCUGAUCUACAUGUACUGUAACUUAGUUGAUUGUUUUUUUUUUCUCUCUCUAUUUAAAACCACACUACUCCUCAACAUGAUCCUUACUUUAUUAACAAGUGUUCUGUGCAGGUUAUGAUAAAUGAAUGUGUUGAAAGGACAUAUAGAAGCGAGGCUAGAUUAUCGUCACGUCGUAGCAGGGACUGAAAAUUAACGAUUAAGUUUUAGAGUGUUUCUAGUGACAUGUUUUAUGUGGACUAGUUUCUCCCCCCUCUCCUACAACUUAAAGUAGAAACCUUUUUUUUUUUUUUUUUUUUUUUUUUUUUAGAAAAAGGCAUCGAAAAAUCUUAAUUUGUACAUAAAGGUCCAUAAAUAGAAGUAUAGACCUGUGUUCAAAGUCACAAGCUCCACUUUUCAAUAUUACAAAUACAAGCAUUUUUUUAAAAAAUUGGUUAAUGCUGCAUCCCUCGUUAUCUCACUAGCCAUAAAGCACUUUGAACAAUUUUCCUGACCUCUCUUGCCUGAAUGUGUAUUCUGCAUAGACUGUGCUUUGUGAGAAGCUGUUAUCAUGUGACUGAUCAUAGUUUCUUUCCCUCUUCCAUACCCCCCCUCCCCCCUCUCCCCAAAUGAAUGUUGAAUUGCUUAAGCUCCUCUGAAAUCGGCUGUAAGGCACAAAGUGAGAUUUCUUACGCUUUUGUACGGUCCGAGUCGUUUGAAGCGAGGCCACAAACGACAGAUGCAUGUCCCCCCCACCCCCAAAAAAACUCAAAGUGUAGUUUACUAUGCAAUAAUUGACACAACGCUAAAAAGGGUUACUAGUCGGCUCACUCGUACUUUAUCUAAUAUUAAUUUUCCUUUGUGCUUAAAUUUUGGUUCAUGAUAGAAAUAGAUUUGCUUCUCCUUCAGGUUUGGUUUCGAAAUCAGUGACAUUGAACAUUUUAUAUAUCUUAUUAUUAAAAAUUUGUCAGAGAGGUGUAAUACUUCAAUGCACACAUGUAAAUACUGAGGGUUAGACCUGUCUUUAAAAAUAAGUUUAAAGCGAGCAUGGAGUGGUAGCGUUUGGUUAAAAGAAUGCAUUGAGUCUUUUUAGAGGCUGCUUUUCCCUUCCUCCCGAUUUUUGAAUAUUAAAGUCUGUUUGUUUUAAUUGUUGAGUAUAUUUUCCCCCUCCCCCAACUUCCUUAGCUAACUAUUACGAAUGUUACUGCUCACCAGAUGUCUGAAAAUGUCAUCCUGAAAGCAUCUCAUCCUUAUGAAAUGCCCACAGCAUAGCCUAUUGCCUACAGUUUUUCUCCUUUUGACUGUAAUAAUUGAUGAAAUGUUUGUAAAUAAUGGCUCGGUAAGGGGUUUUCAAUGCUACUGAAUUGAUUUAUGCUGUUUACAAGGCAAAUAAAGAUGGUCUUGACUCUUUGAA